AUGAAAAGUAAAAAGACUUUGGAGGAGCGAUUUGAUGAUCUCAGCAAGACCACAGUGCCAGCACUUCAGGUUGGUUCAUUUGUCAAGUUUAUUUCAACUUUUUCGAUUGAGAAUUUAAGCCCAGGCUUCGUGACAACCAGUGAAAUAGACACACGCCUUUGGACAAUAGAAGGACUAACUGAAAAUCUCCAAGCUGGUUUGAAAGCAGAAUUUCUGAUCUGUCCAAAAUCAAAGAGUGAAGAGGAGCUUACAAAUAGAGGUCAGAGUAAAUCUGACGUCAAAGUGCUCAUAGAACCCGCUGAAGAUGUAGCAAGUUUAAUAAAUAAUGUGAACGGAGAGGAAAAUUUUCAAGUGAAGUUUGUUCCCAAAGUCCCUGGAACCUACAGCAUCACAGUCAAAAUAAAUGGGGACAAACUUGUUACCAGUCCUCUCAGGGUCUACGUGAAGGAACGACGCAUUGAUGUUGUAGGAGAGUUGGUACUAAAGGGAGAAAUUCCUAAAGAAUCAAACGGGAUUGCGGUCAACAGCGAAGGAACAAUCGCUGUAAGUGACAUUGAAAAACACUGUAUUCUAAUAUUUGAUAAGGAUGGAAAUUUUGUGCGAAAAUGUGGCUGCCAUGGGCAGCUGAAAGAACCAGCUGGAGUCACAUUUUUGAAUAAUGACGAGCUACUGGUCCUGGAUGAAAAGAAUCACUGCAUUCAACAAUUCAAUGUACAGACAGGAAACUUUGUGAAGAGCUUUGGAAAGGAAGGGACUGGAGAUGGCGAAUUUCAGAGUCCCCAAGGUAUUUGUGUGAAUGAUAAAGGACAUAUUGUUGUAGUGGAUUUAAGUCACAUCAGAAUCCAGGUCUUGAAUAAAGAUGGUACAUUCAUGUUCAAAUUUGGAGACAAUGCCCAUGGAAAACUUGACACACCUAGUGGAUGCAUUUAUCACAAAAACAAGUUCAUUGUAUCUGACAUAGAAAACCAUUGUUUGAAAGUGUUUGACAGUUCAGGGAAGUUCUUGUACAAGUUUGGAGAAGAAGGUGAAGCAGAUGGACAGUUUUCAUUUCCAUGGGGUUUGUGUAUUGAGAAAUAUGGCGACCAUCACAGUCUUUUGGUGUGUGACUUUAGCAAUGGACGCAUUCAGCAGUUUACAAUGGAAGGUCGCUUUGUUGGCAAAACUGUUACUACGCUAGGAAAUCCGAAAGCAAUAGCUACAACACCUGAUGGUCGUAUUUUGGUGUGUAACUGUUCGGAUGGAAAAAUUUAUUUCUUGAAAUAG